AUGAAAACAAAGAGAGGAAAGGAUCUUGCAAAGACGAAGAUCUCCGAUGACCUGAGAACAAACAGAGCAAAGUUAGAUCACAUUCCGUUUGAUCUCAUUCCCGAUAUACUCAAAGGCUUACCCGCUAAAUCCCUAGCAAGAUUCCUCUGCUUAUCAAAACAGUGUGAAUCCAUCAUCCGCAACAGAGAUUUCAUUAAAUCUUACUGGAUCAAGUCGUCUACUCGUCCCCAAACCCAAAGUCUCAUCUUCACAUGUGAGGACAAGAGUAAGAGGAAGCGUCACUUCUUCUCUGUAGAGAUUCGAGGUGAAUCAUCAUCCUAUGUAGCAACUUACCAUAUGAAAUGUCUUUCGCAUCCGUACAAAACUGUUGCUCCCUCUGUUCAUGGUAUGAUUUGCUAUGGACCUCCUCGUAAAAUCAUGGUGUACAACCCUAGCACGAGACGAUCUGUUACUUUUCCUGAGAUUGAUUCUCGUAGGUUGGAUAUAUACCAUUAUUACUUGGGUUAUGAUCCGAUCAAUGAGGAUUACAAAGUCUUGUGUAUGACGAAGUGUCGCAGUUUAGAUCAAUUAUUAGAGAUUAGGGUUUUGACACUGAGGGAGAAUGGUAAUUCCUGGAGAAUGAUUCAAGAUUGUCCUCCUGAUCACUCUCCUGAGUCUCUUGAUAUAUGUAUCAAUGGUGUGUUGUACUAUGAAGCUUAUCUUGAUACAGAUCCUUUUCUUCAGAACAAGCAUCAAGGAGUCAUGAGUUUCGAUGUUAGGUCUGAGAAGUUUGAGCAUAUAAGAGUACCAGAGACUGCUGCAGAGUUUACAAAGAUGACAAGAUACGAGGGAAAGCUUGCUGUCAUGUCCUUUAAACCAGCUGGACUUUCUUGUACUUGUAGGAUUGAUUUGUGGGUUCUAGAGGAUGCUGCGAAACAUGAAUGGUGCAACAAGGUGUUUGCUUUAGAUCUCUGUAUAACUGAUUGGUAUCUUCAAGCCUUUUGUCUCACUGAUGCAGGUGAGUUUGUUUUCGGACCAGACACUUUGAGUGAACCACCGUUUUAUGUUCUCUAUUAUGAUCCCAAGAGAAACAGUUUCAGAAAAGUCUACAUAGAAGGAAUCACAAAACGUUGGGGUGAAGCUGUAAUCUCUAUCUUCCCUGGUCAGGUUGAGAAUCUCAUGUUUCUCUAA